AUGGCCAAACAUAAUCAUUCAGCAGUGACUGAGUUCAUCCUUCUGGGACUUACAGACGAUCCUGAGUUUCAGGUCAUUGUUUUUGUGAUCCUUCUCAUCAUCUAUUUAGUGAGUAUCAUAAGUAAUCUUGGAUUGAUUGUUCUAAUCCAAUUCAGUUCUCAGCUUCAAUCACCCAUGUACUUUUUCCUCAGCCAUCUGGCUUUUGUUGAUUUUUGUUAUACCUCCUCUGUGACCCCAAAUGCCCUGGCUAAUUGUUUAUGUGAAAUUAAAAGUAUAUCCCUUUAUGCCUGUGCAGCUCAAGUGUGUUUCUUUGUAACAUUUUCAGUGUGUGAAGUUUUCCUGCUCUCCGCCAUGGCCUAUGAUAGAUAUGUGGCUAUCUGUAAUCCCUUGCGCUAUAUAAUUCUCAUGCCUAGGAAACUCUGCUUUCAAAUAGUCACUAGCAUAUAUAUUUAUGGAUUCAUCAUGGGACUUAUACAGACAGUGAGCACAUUCAUUUUGUCUUUCUGUGACUCGAACGUUGUCAACCAGUUCUUCUGUGAUGAUAUCCCCUUGAUUCCACUGGCUUGUUCUGACACCCAAGUCAAGGAGUUGAUGUUGCUGACCAUGGCUGGGUUCAACGUGUGCUUCUCUCUGCUCAUAGUUCUCGUCUCCUAUGUGUUCAUUGUGUCUGCAAUCCUGAAGAAGCACUCAGCUAAAGGAAGACAGAAGGUUUUUUCUACCUGUGCUUCUCACUUAUCUUCAAUUACCAUGUACUAUGGGACGAUCAUUUUUAUGUACUUACAACCCAAAUCUAACCAUUCCCUGAAUACAGACAAAUUUGCUUCAGUUUUCUAUGUAGUAGUGAUCCCCAUGCUGAAUCCUUUGAUUUACAGCUUAAGGAAUAAGGAGGUAAAGAAUUCUGUAAAGAGGAUUAUACAUAAGGUUCAUUUGAGUAGCAAUAAAUGA